AGGGAAGAACCACUGGAAACCACACACUCAACACUUGGUUAGAGUGUUGAAGUUGCUACAAUCCCAUAACAUUUAUAUAUAAACUAGCCAAACCAAAGCAAACUUGACUCCCACCCGGUACAUUGAUAACGGUACUCAGUACAACAAGUAAUCCUUAUGCUUUCGUUGCAUUAACAAGAUAUGUGCAGUGCGAUAUAACGGGUUUAUAAAUAAUAAUCUCUCUAUGACAGUUAUGCUUGUAAAGUUUUUGUUGUCGAGUAUAUCUCUCAAGAUUUAGUACAUAAUAAUAUAAAUAAUAAGGAUCAAAUUUAAAUACACGAGUGGAUCCUAUCAUGUGGCCGUUUAGCCGUACAUGUCAAAGUAAAAUACGUCUAGUAGGUAAAACUGUCGUUAUCACUGGAGCUAAUACUGGGAUUGGCAAAGAGACUGCGCGAGAUCUUUACAGAAGAGGUGCGAGAGUCAUUCUAGCAUGCAGAGAUGUUGCUAAGGCCAAUGCAGCUGUAGAAGAGUUGAAAACUACGCCUCCGUCCAAGCCAGACCGCGAACAAUUCCAAGGAGACCCAGGUGAAUUGGUUGUAUGUAAGCUAAAUCUUUGCAGUUUAGCAAGUGUACGAGAAUGCGCGAAAACUCUGAACGACACCGAGCCGAAUAUUCACAUCCUUAUAAACAAUGCCGGUGUUAUGAUGUGUCCGUUUGGAAAAACAGAAGAUGGAUACGAAACUCAACUUCAGUCUAACCAUCUUGGACAUUUUUUGCUAACUCUUUUAUUGCUUCCGAAAAUAAAAAAUUCAACUCCAGCACGAAUUAUAAAUGUUUCUUCUAUGGCGCACUCUGUUCUAGGUGGUGACAUUUAUUUCGACGAUAUAAAUUUGGAAAAAUCUUACACUCCAUUAAAAGCUUAUGGACAAAGCAAACUGGCUAAUAUUUUAUUUACAACAGAGUUAUCUCGUCGUUUAAAAGAAGCCAAAAUAGAAGGAAUUACAGUUUAUUCAUUACAUCCCGGUGUAAUUUCAACGGAAUUAGGGCGUCAUUUAGACACGGCAUUUAUCAGAGGAGCUAGAGUCUUUUGGAAAUACGUAUCGGCUCCAUUCAUCAAGACUCCGGAACUAGGUGCUCAAACCACCUUGCAUUGUGCUUUAGACGAAGCUGCCGGUAAAGAAACCGGAAUGUAUUACAAGGAAUGCGCAGUUACAACUCCAUCGGCUAGAGCUAGAGAUGCAGAGCUAGCGCAGAAGUUGUGGGAUGUAAGCUGUAAAAUGGUCGGACUUGAACAGAAAGAUAAUUUGGCUGAAAUGUUGGCUAUACUCGCACGCGAAGUGUCAGCUAAAUAGAUUAAUAUACUUUU